AACAUUCCACGAUUUGUAACUACCUUUAGUUUGAGCUGACGAUCGGUUCAAGUGUGUCGUCGCUCUUGGAUUUGAUAUCAUCGUUUGGGUAAACGUCCCUUGUAAUAAAUGUGGUCAGGUUAAAGAUAUUGCAUUUCGGAUAUUUUGUCGUAUUUCAUUACUUAAACCUUUUCGGUGUUCACUUUUCGAUUGACACUUCAAGCAGUGUCGCCGGGCAUGGCCGCGUUUUGUAAGAUACUGCUUCUUUUGGUGGCCUGUGCUGUGACAAUGGUUGCAUCAAGAGGCCACCACAGGCAUGGACACGGUUUUCAUCACUUAAAGAAACACUUACACAGACUUCAUCUGAAACAUCUGAAGGAACAACUGCUGACAACACUCAUGCCUUCAACUUCGCAGCCACUACUCGCAACGAAGGAAAACAAAGUCGCUGAGGAAUACAAGAUUACACCGAGCGUCAGCAACGUGGAGUUCGAACCUACAGCCCGACCAAAACAGCUGUUGGCUGAAGCUGAACUAGACCAGAAACCUGAAACUGACAUCUUCGAAUCAAAUCCGGAAGUGAGUGAUUUAAAAUCGAAAGUUGAGAAGGAAACGGAUGCAGAGACGUCAAUCUGGGGGAAACCACUAUCAAAACAACCAAAAGAGGAAAAAUGGAUAAGUUACGAUGAGUUAAAAAAGGAUUUUAAGUACGACGAUAAGUCCACGUUGCCUAUAUAUGAUAAGCCUAUAUAUGAGGAGAAUGACAUCAGUGCGCCAGGACCCCAGACGAAGGGUUUCAGCCCCGUAGCAAUGCCUAAAAGAUUCGUGUCUUAUGAUAAAAAUAGGGACGGGUUCAUCUCCAUAAAGGAGCUUCAGAAGGUGACUGGGGCAGUCGAGCAUUCCGACCAGGCGUUUAAGGAUACGGAUAAAAACGGGGAUGGAUACAUCAGUCCAGAAGAGUUCAUGGGCGCCCCCUGGAUUCUUGAGGAUGACCCGGACCAGAAUGCCCAGUUACAGGAAACCAGGUCAUUCCUAAAGACCCGGAUGCAGGCCUUGGACGGUGAACCGUCCAUGGAGGAUGACGAUGGCGAUGCGGACGCGGAAGACUGGUAUCCGUUGAACGAUGAUUAAAUAAUUUUCCACCUGAUGGAGAAAGUGACACCUGAAUUGAAAUACACCAUAAGCAAGAAGAAGGAAGCCAGACUUUUUGCAUAGAUACUGCGUACAAGCGUACCGGGUUAUCCGUCAAGAAGAAGAUCACAUUCGUUUUGCAGGGUGUUUCAAUACAUGUAUACCAUACGAGUACGUUACUUAUUGGCUAUACGGCUGCGGUAUUGAAAUAUGCACUUGUCCAUUCUAAACAAUAACAAAGGGCGUAACCAUUGGACUGUUCUUCCUGUCUGUACAGCAGGGUAUGUUUGUGACGCGCUAAUCCAUGGUUGAUUAAUGACCAGAGUCGCUUAGUGUAUAAAUUGGUCCAAAAAAGAAUUCUCAGCAAGUAUAAAGCAUUGUUUUUCGACAUAUCGGCCAACGAAAAGUUUUCAAUACCUGUGCACUGGACGAAUAUGCGUGCGCAUCCCAAAAAAUCGGAGAAGGGCAAAUGCCUGACAUCUUUACUUCUGGAGGCGGAGUAUAUUGAAAACAACUGGUGCCAGGACGACUCAGUGAACUGUCAUUUAGUGUUGUGUGGAUUUGUAAAGAUAGAAGGCGACGUUCUUGCCUAAUCAGGGAGGAAUAGAAAUACAUUGUACAUGAGAUAUUUAUGUCUCUUUUAUAAAAUGAACAUCUAUUUGUAAACUGAUGAUGAAUUGAUGAACUAGUCUUCUACGUAAUUAUAGUAUCGACAGCCAAAAUACCCUUCUUGGUGUCUUGGAGACUAUAGAUUGGAAUAUAUCUCAUAGACUUGUUUAGUUAUUACGUCAUAGGAAACAAAAAUGUACUUGACUUCGAUUUUUCAUUUCUGCAUGUAUGUAUAUAUGUGCAGUGCAGCGGCUAUAUGUAUUAGUGUAUGUACUGUACGAAAGAAACUUAACUUGGCUGCUUUCUCGGGGUUUUGAAUCUGUAGUAACCAACAAAACGACUACCAUGACUACAGCAGUUUUGUAAAUUCACUGUUCUUCCGUGGUGUACUAUUCGACCGUUUGAAAAACUCUGACAUGUGAUGAAAUGUUGGGCGUGUAUAAUGGGCCCGUUAUUUCAUGAUAGCUGUUGUACACUGGAGCCAGUGUACACUGGUGUACAUUUUUAUGUAGUCAAUGGCACAGUUGAUUUCGUCAUGCUGCUUUGUAAAAUACAAUAAAACUUGUUUUUUGUACAAAUUA